AUGCCUACCGUCGGAGUCGACAAGGAGCACUUUUACAAGGCGCUCGGGCGCACCUACACCACCCAGGAGUUCGAUGAACUUUGCUUCCAAUUUGGUAUCGAGCUCGACGAUGAUACCACCGAAGAAGUAGCGAAAGCCGGUCUCGGCGAGCGCGCUCAGCUCAAGAUCGACAUCCCCGCCAACCGAUACGAUCUUCUCUGCCAUGAAGGCAUCUCGCGUGCACUCAACGUCUUCUUGGGCAACAUUCCGCAGCCCCAGCUCAAGUUGACCCAACCCGAAAAGAUGAUUCAAGUUAAGCUCAGCAAAGACGUUGCUCGUAUCAGACCUUACUUUGCCGGUGCAGUGUUGAGAAACGUCACCUUCACUCCAGAGAGCUAUGCCAACUUCAUCGACCUGCAAGACAAGCUGCAUCAGAACUUGGCUCGUCGUAGAACGCUCGUUGCCAUCGGCACACACGAUCUGGAUACCAUCCAGGCUCCCUUCACUUACGAAGCGCUUCCACCCAAGGACAUCAAGUUCGCACCGCUCAACAAGGACCAAGAGUACGAUGCAAGCCAGCUCAUGUUGCUCUACGAAUCCGACAAGCACCUCUCGCGCUACCUGCACAUCAUCCGAGACAGCCCUGUCUACCCCAUCAUCUACGACUCCAACCGAAAAGUACUCUCCAUGCCACCCAUCAUCAACUCGAACCACAGCAAGAUCACGCUCGACACCAAAAACGUCUUCAUCGACACCACUGCCAUCGAUGAGACCAAACUCAGCAUCGUUAUCAACAUCAUCGUCGCCAUGUUCUCCCAGUACUGCGCCGAACCUUUCACCAUCGAGCCCGUCAAGGUCAUCUACCCGGACGGCAAGGAGAAGAUCACUCCCGAUCUCAGCAGCGUCCGCUUCCCGGCCUCGGUCGACUACAUCAACCGAUGCACAGGACUGAAGCUAUCACCGGAACAGAUGAUCGGAUAUCUGCAAAAGAUGGGUCACACUGCCACGGUCGAUCCCGCCGCACCAAACGAAAAGCUCAUCGUAGACGUCCCACCUACACGACCUGACAUUCUGCACGAGUGCGAUCUGAUGGAGGACGUAGCUGUCGCCUUCGGAUUCGACAACCUGCCCAAGACGUUCCCUGCGACAAACACGGUGGCUGCUCCUCUGCCCAUCAACAAGCUGGCCGACAUUGUUCGACGCGAAUGCGCGUACUCCGGGUGGAUCGAAGUGCUGCCUCUCAUCCUCUGCUCGCACGACGAGAACUUCGCCUGGCUGAACAGGAAGGACGACGGAUCCAGCGCCAUCGUCCUCGAAAACCCCAAGACGGCAGAGUACCAGGUGGUUCGAACCACGCUCCUACCGGGAAUCCUCAAGACGGUGCGCGAGAACCGAAAACACGCGCUGCCGUUGCGAACGUUCGAAGUGUCAGAUAUCGCCUUCAAGGAUGCUCAGGAGACCGAGCGAUGUGCUAGGAAUCGACGACACGUAGCUGCGGUCUACUGUGACAAGACGGCGAGCUUCGAGGUGGUUCACGGGUUGCUGGAUAGGUUGAUGUUGAGCUUGGCGAUCCCACGAAUCGAAGGCUCGAGUUCCACCAGAGACAAAGGAUACUGGAUCGAGGAGGACGCUGCCAACGACACCUUCUUCCCCGGCCGGGCUGCGACGAUCCACCUGCGUCUGCCGAAGGAGACGUACAACCCCGGCGCCGCAACCGACGCCAAGCAAGCCCCGCUGGACACGGUCAAAUCCGCACUGGAGAAAGUCCUCCCCAUCAGCAGCAAGGACGACCAGGUGAUCGGCCACAUUGGAGUGCUCCACCCAACAGUGUUGAAGAACUUCUCCAUCGACUUCCCCUGCUCGGCGCUCGAGUUCAACCUCGAACCUCUCCUCUAG